AAGUGCAAGAACCCAAUUAAAGAAGUUGAGAGUUGAAGCACAGACCCACACCCACACGCCUACACACAGUCACACACUACGCUCCCUCCCCAGUCGCAUUUGCAUUUGCAUAUAUACUCACACGAUUUGCAGCUCAGCUCCAUCGCAUGAUGAGAACUCGCAUCAUUCUGAUACAUCGAAAACCCCACGAAUUUGACUAGCAAGUUCCUCAAUCUCCAAGACAAAAAUGGGGGACAUGGAUCAGCUGUUGCCGAAGAAAGUAGCCGAUCGCUAUCUUAAGCGCGAAGUCCUUGGUGAAGGUACAUACGGUGUCGUUUACAAAGCCAUCGAUACUCAGACUGGGCAAGUAGUUGCUAUCAAGAAAAUUCGAUUGGGGAAGCAGAAGGAAGGUGUCAAUUUCACAGCUUUGAGGGAAAUUAAGUUGCUCAAAGAGCUUAAGGAUCCUAAUAUCAUCGAGUUGAUUGAUGCAUUCCCGCACAAGGGGAACUUGAACCUUGUGUUUGAGUUCAUGGAGACAGAUCUUGAAGCUGUUAUUCGUGAUAGAAACAUUGUUCUCUCCCCAGCUGACAUCAAGUCUUACAUCCAGAUGACACUGAAGGGGCUUUCUUUUGUCCAUAAAAAAUGGGUCCUGCACAGGGACAUGAAACCGAACAACCUGCUAAUUGGACCUGGUGGGCAACUUAAACUUGCAGAUUUUGGGUUAGCUCGUAUAUUUGGGAGCCCUGAUCGAAAGUUCACACAUCAGGUUUUUGCUAGAUGGUACAGAGCUCCUGAGCUUCUGUUUGGUGCCAAACAAUAUGGUCCAGGGGUGGAUGUAUGGGCUGCUGCAUGUAUAUUUGCUGAGCUGCUUUUACGUCGACCUUUUCUGCAGGGAAACAGUGAUAUUGAUCAACUGGGAAAGAUCUUUGCGGCUUUUGGGACGCCAAAGCCAUCACAAUGGUCUGAUAUGGUCUAUCUUCCAGAUUAUGUGGAAUAUCAGCAUGUGCCUGGUCAACCACUUCGUACGCUGUUUCCCAUGGCUAGUGAUGAUUGUUUGGACCUUUUAGGGAAGAUGUUCAUGUAUGAUCCUAAAGCAAGAAUCUCAGCACAACAGGCUCUGGAGCAUAGGUAUUUUUCUUCCAUACCUCCACCUACAGAACCUGCUUUACUUCCAAGACCUCCGCCGAAGAAGGAACCCAUCAAUCCAAAUGUUUUGGAACUUAAUCCUCUGGAGGGACCAACAGUAUUGUCUCCUCCCAGAAAACAAAGAAGAGUCAUGCCUCAUCGUGAGGGCUUUGAUGCAAAUGCUCACAAUGUGAUCAAGAUGGAUGACCAUGGCAAUGAGACCAGGCAAGCAGCUGGGGAGAGAAGUGAGCAAGCUCCAAUGUCUUUGGAUUUUUCAGUUUUUGGCAUGAGGCCACCAAAUAGACCAACUAUUAACAGUGCUGACAGAUCACAUCUAAAGAAGAAACUCGAUCUUCAAUUUGAACUACCCGAAGAAGAAGAAGAAGAAUAACAUAUAGACAAGCACGCAUGUAUCAUCUGAUUUCACCACCAUGUAUAAAGCUUCCUACCCGAGCAUUUCCAUCAUAGGCCUGGGAAUGGAUUAUGUCCGAGGAGUAGCCAUGGCUGAUUGGAGUUAACAAUGACUGUGUAGCUCUGUACUCCUUAACCAAUUAUAUCAUACGUAAGACAGAUCAUAGUGACAGUAUUUUUGCUUUUUCUUUCCUUCUCUCAGUUAAUUGAUGGUUGGCCUAAGUUCAACAUACAAAUGAUCUAUCUAUUCUUGUAUUUGUGAGGGAUUUGGAUGUUUUGCGGCAAUUUGCAUCUAUUCUUUUAAAAGAAAAUGGGAUAUGAUGUUCCAGAUCAA